AUGCCCCUUUUCAUCCUCGCGGAGACCAGCGCCGGUUACGGCCUGUUCAAGGCGGCUGAUAAAAAGCUGCUGGACGCCGACAACCUUUCCGAACGCCUUUCUACGGUGGACAAAAUUGUCAAAGAGAUCAAAUACAAGGAAUUCGCCAAGUUCGACAGUGCUGCAAGCGCGCUUGAGGAAAUCACCGGUGUCGUAGAGGGCAAGGUGACCCCCAAGCUAGCCAGCCUGCUCAAUGAGUUCAAAGAUGAAAAGAAGGUUACGCUAGCCGUUUCCGAGAGCAAGCUCGGAAACUCGAUCCUGAAGCUUCCGAACCUCAACAUCAAGCCCAUCGCAGACUCGUCCACCACAGACCUAUUUCGCGCCAUUCGCCAGCACCUUCCAAACCUGAUCCCGGGCAUGGAGCCCGAGGAUUUCGACGAGAUGGCACUGGGUCUCUCCCACUCGCUGUCUCGACACAGGCUCAAGUUCUCUCCCGACAAGGUCGAUGUCAUGAUUGUCCACGCGGUUUCGCUGCUUGAUGACCUGGACAAGGAGUUGAACACAUAUGCUAUGCGGGUCAAGGAGUGGUACGGCUGGCACUUCCCGGAGCUGGCUAAGAUCCUCCCGGAUAACCUGUCAUACGCGAGAGUCAUUGUGGCCUUGGGCCAUCGGUCAAGUGCUCCUCAGGCCGACCUUUCAGAAAUCCUACCCCACGAGAUCGAGACUGCCGUCAAGGCAGCGGCCGACAUCAGCAUGGGGACCGAGAUCAGCGACGAGGAUCUGGUUAAUAUCCGAUACCUCGCCGAGCAGGUCAUCGACUUUUCCAAGUACAGGAAACAGCUUGCGGAGUACCUGGAGAACCGCAUGAGGGCCAUUUCGCCCAACAUGACUGAGCUUGUCGGUGCCCUCGUUGGCGCUCGGCUCAUUGCUCACGCAGGAUCGCUUGUCAAUCUCGCCAAGAACCCUGGUUCCACAAUCCAGAUUCUCGGUGCCGAGAAGGCGCUGUUCCGCGCGCUCAAGACCAAGCAUGCCACGCCGAAAUACGGCCUAAUCUAUCAUGCCUCUCUGGUGGGUCAGGCGUCUGGCCCAAACAAGGGCAAAAUGGCCCGUCAGCUCGCUGCCAAAAUUGCUCUUGGUGUUCGCACAGACGCGCUCGCCGAGUUCGAAGAAGAUGCGGACGAGGAGGUCCGAGCCAGCCUGGGCAUCCAGGCUCGUGCUAAGCUCGAGAGGAAUCUGCGCUUGAUGGAGGGCAAGGGUUUGGCAGAUGGCGUUUUGCUCGGACCUAACGGUGUUCCCCUUGCAACCCCCGCGAAGUGGGAUGUCAAGGAGGCUCGCAAGUACAAUAUUGACGCUGACGGUGUCAUUGCCGAGGCGCCCAAGAAGCCGUUGAUCGAGGAAAUUCCCGACGAGGAGAUGGCCGAUGCCGAUGCUAACCAGCAAUCCGAUGAGGAAAUGAGGGACGCGCCAUCCAGCAAGAAGGACAAAAAGGAGAAGAAAGACAAGAAAGAGAAGAAGGAGAAGAAGGAGAAGUCGAAGAAAUCCGAGGCUCAAGCUGACGCAGUGGCGCCCGCAAAGAUUACCGAGAAGGAUUACGAGCGUCUUGCCAAGGAGUCCGGCAUGUCUGUCUCCAAGUUUGCUAAGCGGUUCGAGAGGGGCCAGAUCCAGGUGCUUGCCGACGGCUCCAUCAAGGUGCUCAGCAAGAAGGAGCUCAAGACGGAUGAGGAGGCGGCCGAGACCCCGGUCAAGCCCAAGAGCGCGAAGCGCAAGCACGAGCCCGAGGAGGACGCCGAGACGCCUGCUAAGGCGGAGAAGCACAAGAAGCGCAAGCACGAGCCCGCGGAGGACGUCGAGACGCCUGCUAAGGAGGAGAAGCACAAGAAAAAGAAGAAGAAGGGCGGCAAGGACUAG